UAUACGCGCUUUAGUCGAUGAUGGUCUACGAGUUAUUUCUGAAGAAUCGUGUAUAGAUUUCACCAAAAGAAAUUCACUAACGCUAAAAUGGUAAUUAAAAAAGGAAAAGAUCACAUUACAAGUUGCAGUGACCCAGUUGAGCGUGAUGCAGUGGAAACACUCUUAUCUAUGGGUAGUAUACAACAGAUGGUUCAGGAGGCCAAGACUGAUAGCAUGUCUGGCAGUUCCAGUCCAGCUUACACUCCUUCCACCAGUCCCGAGGGUUCUGUUUGUUCCUCGCCACCCCCAUCUCCCUUUAGCAUCGGAUCCCUGUCCGGGGAAGACAGCAAUGGUAGCUACAUCUACCAUGACAUGCGCAGGGAUUCAAAGUUGGCACAGUUGCUACGAGAACCUAAGCCUGCAGAAGAUCCUGUUGUAACCAAAGGUCGUCCUGUCUCGGUCAUUGUACCCAAUCACUUGAGUCAUCCCCGGCUCACAAGCAGUCCCACCUUCAUUUCACAAGAACAGAUUGUCUCUACAUCAAAUGACUCUUGUAGUUCACCUGCAAAAAAUUUAACUGUGAACAAUGUUUCUCAAUCAGAUGUAUUAGGCUUAAAGCCUCUGGACGGUACAUCCAAUAACGGUUUGUCGCGACUUGUAGCUCCAUUAAAUCUCAACCAAUCCCAACAGAUUCCUGUUAGUUUAAAUGGACUUGGAUCACAUCAACAGCCCAUCAUUCAGGUUAUUGUGGUGAACAACUCUCAGCAAAUGGCAGCACCACCUGCCUAUCGAGCAUGGGUUGACAGACUUUGUCCUAUUGCCCCAGCGCCGCCCCCUAGUGACCGUAAUGGGAACCACAUUGAGCAGGACCAGUUGGAUAGGAGUCGACGUCGGACCCAUGCUUGUACUUUCACCAACUGUAGUAAAACAUACUUUAAAAAUUCUCAUCUGAAGGCUCACCUGCGCACUCACACAGGUGAAAAGCCUUUCAUUUGUGAAUGGAAUGGAUGUGGCCGAAAGUUUGCUAGAUCUGAUGAACGAUCCAGACACAUGCGAACACAUACAGGGGAGAAAAACUUCACAUGUGAAAUCUGUGACAGACGCUUUAUGCGAAGUGAUCAUCUGCGUAAACAUGCUCGUCGUCAUCUUUCUGGCAAAAAGUGCAAAUCUCCAAACUUAUCAUCAGACAUUUCCCAAUGUUCAGAAGAGUCUCGAGACAGUCAUCACUCAAUGGAAUCGGAUGAUUCAAACCUACAAAGCUGUGGCUCCCCUCAGCUCAUGGACACAGAAUCUUAGCUUAAUACAUAUAUAUUUAGUUCAAGUUUAAAAGGUUGUACAAAUUGAUGAAAUCAUGAUAAUGUAAAUGGCCAAGAGCAUAAGAGAGAGGGAGCUAGAGAAUGAUGAGAGCCAAUGACAGGUUAAAGUUUUUGAAUGUACAUGUAAAAGAUGUCAAGAGAGAGAGAGAGAGCUAUUAUAAGGCAUUUCCAAGGGUAGAUUUUGGAAUGAAGAGAAGGCGUUUAUAUGUUUAAGGAAAUCAUGGGUGCAUGAAUACAUUGGAGAAAAUACUUGCCAGAGAUUGUGUUUGAUAUGAUACAUACAUUGAAAAAUAAUACCUGUGCUGCAAUAGCUAACGUGUUGAUGACCUAUCACACAUUACAUACAGCCAUGUUGUUUACAGCUUGCUCAAGGGUCACAUACAGGUUAAUGCCCUGUAUCUAAUCAGGCAAUCUGUAACAAACAAGUACAAAUUUUCAGGUAGAUAAUGUGUUUUUACUGUGACAUUUAGUGAGGGAUGAAUGGAGUGUAGGACAUUUUAACUUAUAUUUAACUUAAAUAAUUGUUUGUUUGUUAAUUUUGUACAUGUGAAAGUGUCAAUUAUAUUGAUUAAAUGUUUUUGGCUUUGAACGAUUUAAGUUCACUCUUUCUUUUUUUUGAUUGAUGUUUUUUGAUGUCCUUAAAUUUUUUUGUACAAGUAGUUAAUUGUCAAUUCAAGUUGCCAUAAAUAGUCCUUAAUAGUUUUGUGAAUUUUAAUGUCAAGAUUCUAAACUGAACAAGAAAAUCUGCAUUAUAGUUUAAUUUGUCUUCAUCUUUAGAAAAAAAAAUAAUCCCAAGGUCAUGUAGUGUGAGAGAUAUAUCUAAAAAAGGAAAGUGCACCAACAGUGUGGAGAAACAAAACUUGUAAUAUGGAAUGGAGACAGAUUUUUUGUUAUAAAUGGCAUAAGAUCAUUACUGAAGUGGUAUACACUGAUAGUGGCUGUGUAAUACUGAGACUUUUAUAGAUAAUAGAAAAUGUUUUACUGUUUUCAAAUAAACAAGAAGGAUAAAUAGUGUGUCAAUUUUUUGACAAUUUUUGUUGAUAUCAAAAAAUAUUUGAAAAUGUGCAAUAUUAUGAUUGGCUGUUAUGACAAUUAGAUGCGUUUAUUGCAGUUGAUUAUGAUUCCUAGUCCCUUGUAUAUUUAGAAUCAUAAAAUGUAUAAAUGUUGUUGAUUCGGAUAACAGAGUAAGCAUACAAUUAGUUAUAUGUCCUUUCAUUAUGUAUUGUAUGAAUUGUUAACAGAUUCAGUUCUUUCUGUAUGUUCAAAGUACAUCUUGUCUAUUUGUCUCGUGAUACUGCAAAUACAAAAAGGAAAAUCAUCUUUUUCAUGGUUUGUUUUUGUAUCUCCAGUAUUGCUUAAUGGGAAAUCAUAAAAUAGAUUGGGAUUAGUUUUUUUAUUAUUGAAGCACCUGUAUAUUUAACGUAGAUGAACACUUUUUACCAAGAUAUUCGACAGUAGGAUUUCUCAUGUUGGAAAAAGGAAAUGUCACAUUUUUGUUUAUACUGAGGUAUUAAAUUAAUUGUGCAUGACUUCACUUCAUAUAAUUAUCAACAUAUCAUCUAGAUUUUUUAGUUUUGUUUUUGUUUGUAUUUUUUUUUUUUUUUUUUUGGUACAAUUUUGAAUUCUAAUGAAAAUUUUUUAAUUAUCCUUUAUCGUAAUAUACAAACAUAAUUGUCAAUUUAAUCAAUUCAUCUAUUUCAACUUUAAAUAAUUGUGAAAACUUUUUUCUAAUGUAAUGGCAACACCUACAUUCGUAAUAUUAAAAAUUUGAAUUUUCCUUUACCCUUGCAGAUGCAUGUCACAUUUUAUCAGACAUGAUAUGCUUUGUUUAUUUGAAAAGCAAACAGAAAUUUUGAAUGCCAGCAUGGUGGCACUUCUUUUCCAGUUUACCAACUUAUCAAGCUAUCUACCUGGUUGCUAACUUAGGGCUUUUUUCAUUUUAAAAUCACCAUUUUACCCUUUAACGCCUCAGGUUUUGCUACACCCUCAUGAAAACGGCAUACAGGGACCAGUUGAUAUUCAAUUUGCUUUCUUUCAAAGUGCUGGUGAUUUUUGUCUCAUCAUAUACUCUGACUGCCUUAGGUAUUGCAACAUUAUCACAUUAUUUUUAUGUAGGUAGUAACAUGUUUUGUACUUUGGUAUAUGUAUUGCACUUUGUUGUGCCACUGGAAAAAGUAUCAUCACCUGACAUAAAUACAGUGAAAGGUAAACUGAUCAUAAUUACAAUAAAUUUUUCUGGAAGUAUCAUUCACAGAAAUUUCUAUUUCUGGUGAAAAAGUGAAAGUUGCAUGAUGAUUUAAAUGAUGUAAUAUGAUGAGUGUAUUUGGAAAGUUUUGACAAUUUAACUAAAUACACUUAAAAUGCAAACAGAAAAUGGCAAGUUUUUUGGAAAAAACUUUUGUUUCAUAGAAUUAUUUGAAUAUUUAUUUUUAAGCUAUAUUUUCAUUAAAUACUUUAUAUAAAUAGUUUUUUUAGAAGUGGUUUGUAAUGCAUCAAAAUUCAAAAUUUCCAGUGUAAUGAAAGACUGAUUUAGACUUGGAUUUACCUGAAGAAGAAAUCAUUUGUUGAAGUAAAUUUUCUAUGAUUUUUGGUAUUUGGAAACAAUGUAAAUAAUCAGAAAUUUUGUCAAUAUUAUGGUUAUUUAUGUGUAUAUUUGCUUGUCUUUUUUCUUGCGAAUAUAUAUAUUGUACCUUGCUGAAAAAAUUUGUGUUCUUUGGUAUGAUAUAUUGAUAUUUAUUAAACCCAAUCAUAGCUUAUUCACUACUUGUAGAAUGUAGCGCUCUGGUAGUUCAUUAAUCAUUGUUUUAAAUGCAUUAACAGCAAA